AUGAUUCGUACACACUCGGUUCUGCGGACAACUUCGGCCGCUGCUUCCAGACUCCAAGCUGCAUCAUCUGCCCGACGCACAUACUACGCGGUUCCUACUCUUUCAAACAUUGACAUCUCGCAUGGAAUCCCCGGACUCUACAGUGCAGAGCAGCUUGACGUGGCAUGGACACAAACCCAAAAACAUGCUGCAGAUCAACUCAAGACCCGACUUGCUGGUGUGGUAGACCGCAGUUCUGGGAAUCCAGAACUUCAACAACAGGCUGAAAUUCUUGCCGAACAAUCUUUGGAUGAUUUGGUGACACUUUCUAAAAACACACCCGAUAUGGAUAAGGCUGUAUCAUACUAUGCUGGACUCAUAUACAAUAAUGAGUUUUUUUUCCGUAGUUUACGCUCUCAAUCUGUAGUUGCUACUACUGAAAGUGAUGCUACUACUGCUGCUGAUACCUCCAUUGUUCGUGCUAAACGGUCCGAUCUUUACAACCACAUUGAUAUCUCGUCUUCAGUUGAAACAAACCCUAUCCCAUUGUUUGAAGAAGACUCUAAAAAAACUGCACCUGAUGGUUCCUUAAUCACUUCCUCCUAUGCCAAUCUUUACGGAACCGCAAACUCUAUGAAUAACCUCCAGCGUGUCGUCAUCCAUUCGUUUGGUUCAGUUCUCGCAUUUAAGGAAAACUUUCUGGCGCAUGCUGAAGCCAUGUUUGGCGACGGUUACACAUGGCUUGUUCGAUCACCUUCUCGCAAUACUCUUAACAUUCUUAACACAUAUGGUGCCGGCACCCCUCACAUUGCCUCUUUCUCUUCUCCUCCUCCUCCUCCUUCUUCUUCUUCUCUGUCUUCUCCAUCUUCUCCAUCUUCUCCCUAUGGUGGUACAAAGCUUCCAGGUAAUGUCGUCACCCAGGUUGUCCCCCUGCUUUGCAUUAAUAGCUCCCAACGAGCUUACCUCCACGACUAUGGUGUCUUUGGUAAGCGUACUUAUCUUGAAAAUCUUUGGAAUACAAUUGACUGGCAAAUUGUCAAUGCUCGUUUUAAGGAGUCCAUGACUUCUUACAAGUCUAAUAUGUCGCACAAGAAUGGAAAAGUUUUAUUUGAAUAUUAA